AUGCCUCCUCAUUCUUCUCAUAUACUCCAGCCUCUGGACGUUGGAUGUUUUGGCCCGCUCAAGCAAGCGUAUGGCCGGCAAAUCGAGAAGAAGAUGAGGGCCGGUACAAGCCACAUCACCAAAGAGGACUUCUUUCCCGCGUUUUUCGCGGCAUUCCAGGAGGCAAUGACAGAAAAGAACAUCCAGUCAAGUUUUCGAGGGGCAGGAAUUGCUCCGCUUGACCCUGACGCUGUGAUUUCCCGCCUGGAUGUGAAGCCACGGACGCCGACACCCUCGGAAGAGGGUCACGGAAGACCCGAACCCUGGGUUUCUAAGACGCCAAACAACCCGACUGAAGCGAGCUCCCAGACGGAUUUUAUCAAGGGGCGAAUCUCUCGUCAUCAGAAUAGCUCGCCGACAUCUAUUUAUGAAGCUGUCGACCGGCUUUCGAAGGGGGCGCGGGGAAUCAUGCAUCAGAUUGCCCUGCUUAAGUCUGAAAACCGGAUCCUUCGAGAGGAGAAUGAGAUACUCAGCCGGCGUCGAAAGGCCAAAAAGUCGCGUCUCCGAAAGGGAGGGAGCAUGACACUAUCCGAGGGACAGGAUCUGCAGGCUCAGAACGAGAUGGAUGCGCAGUUGAGGCAGGAAAUGAGGCAAAAUGGCGGUCGCAAGUCGAGGAGAGUAGUGAAGGAACAGCGCUGUGGCGUCUGUGGCAAGACAGGACAUAACGCACGAAAUUGUGAGAUAGUAGUGGAAAUGUCUGAGGAAGACGACUCCGAUUGA